UGACUGCAGCAGGAUGGGAAAAGAUACUCUAGAUUUUCAUGGAGGGAUCAUAAGCCAGAGAUCUAGCCUUACAUCAAAAAUCCAUGUGAAACUGUAUUUUUGGAAGUAUUUCUAACAGACGAUGAUAUGAAGGCAAAGAUGCGAGCUCGGCAAUCUACGUUUGGUGCAGUACGGGGGUGCCCCAUAUUCUGCUGCAACAGAAUAUGCUCGAACCUCCCGAAUCUUGUAGAGCUCAACCUGUACUACAAUGACUUGUACGGGCCGAUACCUUCGUCUCUGGACAAAUGCUUGAAGCUCGAGGCUUUAUCGCUAAGGGACAGCAAUUUCAGUGGGCCUAUACCGAGAGAAAUCGGGAAUCUAACGCAGCUGAAGACGUUACGCCUUUUUCAUAACCAGUUAACGGGCGAAAUACCACGAGAGCUCGGUAAGCUGCGACAACUGGAGCAGCUUCAUCUCGCGGUCAACUUGCUAACGGGUGCCAUACCGGAAGAAAUAGUCAACAUCUCGACGUUGACUUUACUCGCCCUCACAGCAAACAGGCUUUCGGGUAGUCUCCCGAUGAGAAUCGGCGCCCAACUGCCUAAUCUGGACUUGAUGUCGCUUGAGACGAAUCUUUUGUGCGGCACUAUACCCGAAUCCAUUUCGAAUGCAUCUAAACUCACUUAUGUCAACUUUUCUCUGGCACCCAAUAGUCUGACUGGAUCGAGCAACGGGAAAUUUCAACAAAAACAACUUACUCGGGCAAGGGAGUCUCGGGCGCGUAUACGAAGGGGUGAUUGACAGUGCUGGGCCCGUGGCAGUUAAAGUGUUUGAUUUGGAACAUGAAGGCUCGUUCAAGAGUUUCGACGUGGAAUGUGAGGUGUUACGCAGCCUUAGGCACCGAAAUCUUACAAAAGUCAUCACGAGUUGUUCUAACCUCGAUUUCAAGGCGUUAGUGCUCGAGUACAUGCCAAACGGGAGCUUGGACAGGUGGCUCCAUUCUGACAUUGUUUCCUAGACACAAUGCAGAGGUUGAACUCGAUGCUAGAUGUGGCUCGUGCGCUGGAGUAUCUUCACUGUGGUUUGCAAACGGCCGUAGUUCACUGUGAUUUGAAGCCAAGCAAUGUUUUGCUAGACGUGAAUAUGGUUUCGCAUGUGAGCGAUUUUGGAGUUUCGAAAAUGAUGGGGGAGGACCAGAGCUUUUCUCAUACCAAGACCCUAGCAACUUAUGGGUAUAUUGCACCAGAAUACGGAUUGGAAGGACUUGUGUCGACUAAAUGUGAUGUUUAUAGCUACGGUAUAAUGGUGAUGGAGACUUUUUCUGCUGUAUGGCCGUGGGAUGAAAUGUUUGAUGGGAAAUCGAGUCUCAGGAGUUGGGUACGAGACGGGAUAAUUGUGGAUGGAGAGUUACUGAGCUCGGAGGAUAAGUUUUAUGACGACAAACUAAGAUGCCUGUGUUCUGUUAUGGAAUUAGCAUUGAGCUGUUGUGUCGAUAAUCCUGAAGAUAGGAUUGUUAUGGCAGAUGCUGUGGGAGAACUUGAGAAGAUCAAGCUUCAGUUUCUUGCAUGUAGCUCGACUAGACUACCGGCGCAAGAUCCUAAAUUGUGAUUAAGAAUGUCUUAAAAGUUUGGCCUUUCUCCCAUUGAUUUUCCUUCUUCCUUUUGAUGAUUUUGUAAAAACGGUUUGAUAAUCGAAGAUUAAAUGUUUGUAACCAUACAUGAAAGAACCACAUACAUUCAUGGGAAACAGAAUUUUCAGAAUGAUAUAUUAUUAAUAAUACAUGUACAGCG